AGUGGUGAUUUUAUGCAAUGGCUUCAAGCCACAGUUCUUCACCAGUGCCUCAAGGAAGCAGCAGUGAUGUUUUCUUUAAAAAAGAGGUAGAUUCGACAAAACACAUUCGACCUGUACAGUCACUGCCAGAUGUGUGUCCCAAGGAACCCACAGGUGAUUCAAAUAGUUUAUGUGUUGCCCCAUCUCUAGUUACAGAUCAACAUAGAUGGACUAUAUAUCAUUCCAAAGUAAAUCUCCCAGCAGCAUUAAAUGAUCCUAGAUUAGCAAAAAGAGAAUCUGACUUCUUCACAAAAACAUGGGGAUUGGACUUUGUGGACACUGAAGUCAUACCUUCAUUCUACCUCCCACAGAUCAGCAAGGAACAUUUUACAGUAUACCAACAGGAAAUUUCUCAGCGAGAAAAGAUUCAUGAGAGAUGCAAGAAUAUUUGUCCUCCUAAAGAUACCUUUGACAGGACUCUUUUACAUACUCAUGAUAAAUCCAGGACAGAUCUGGAGCAAGUACCUAAGAUUUUUAUGAAACCAGAUUUUGCCUUGGACGAUUCCUUAACUUUUAAUUCAGUUUUACCAUGGUCUCAUUUUAAUACUGCUGGUGGAAAAGGAAAUCGUGAUGCAGCUUCCUCAAAGUUGCUUCAAGAAAAGCUGAGCCAUUAUCUGGAUAUUGUGGAAGUAAACAUUGCUCACCAGAUCUCUCUACGUUCAGAAGCAUUUUUUCAUGCAAUGACCUCUCAACAUGAAUUGCAGGACUACCUCAAGAAAACUUCCCAGGCUGUAAAAAUGCUUCGAGAUAAAAUUGCACAGAUUGAUAAAGUAAUGUGUGAAGGAUCACUACACAUUUUAAGACUGGCACUUACCAGAAAUAAUUGUGUUAAAGUAUACAAUAAACUGAAGUUAAUGGCCACUGUACACCAGACUCAGCCUACAGUACAGGUGUUACUGUCUACUUCCGAAUUUGUUGGAGCAUUGGACUUAAUAGCAACAACACAAGAGGUUCUACAGCAGGAACUUCAGGGCAUUCACAGUUUCCGGCAUUUGGGAUCACAGCUUUGUGAAUUAGAAAAAUUGAUAGAUAAAAUGAUGAUUGCAGAAUUUUCUACUUAUUCUCACAAUGACUUAAAUAGACCACUGGAAGAUGACUGCCAAGUUUUAGAAGAGGAAAGACUAGUAUCUCUUGUUUUUGGACUUUUAAAACAAAGAAAACUUAAUUUUUUAGAAAUGUAUGGUGAAGAAGUGAUUAUUACAGCAAAGAAUAUCAUUAAACAGUGUGUGAUUAAUAAAGUUUCACAAAUAGAAGAAAUAGACACAGAUGUCAUUGUGAAGCUUGCAGAUCAGAUGAGAAUGUUGAAUUUCCCCCAGUGGUUUGAUUUGCUAAAGGAUAUUUUCUCUAAGUUUACAAUUUUUCUACAGAGAGUUAAGGCAACGUUAAAUAUCAUUCACAGUGUUGUUCUCUCGGUUCUUGACAAAAACCAAAGGACUAGAGAAUUGGAGGAGAUUUCACAACAGAAGCAUGCUGCGAAAGAUAAUUCACUGGACACAGAGGUGGCUUAUUUAACCCAUGAAGGCAUGUUUAUAAGUGAUGCAUUCAGUGAGGGUGAAUUAACAUCUAUAGCAGUCGACACUACCUCUCAAAGAAAUGCAUCUCCAAAUAGUGAGCCCUGCAGCAGUGAUUCAGUAUCUGAACCAGAAUGUACUACUGAUUCUUCAUCAAGCAAAGAGCAGACAUCAUCAUCAGCUACUCCAGGAGGUGUGGAUAUUAUGGUCAGCGAAGACAUGAAAUUAACUGACUUAGAGCUAGGAAAGCUAGCAAAUAAUAUCCAGGAGUUAUUGUACAGUGCCUCAGAUAUAUGCCAUGAUCGGGCCGUCAAAUUUCUCAUGUCAAGAGCAAAGGAUGGCUUUCUUGAGAAGCUAAAUUCCAUGGAAUUUAUAACACUUUCUAGAUUAAUGGAAACAUUCAUUUUAGACACUGAACAGAUCUGUGGAAGAAAAAGCAUGUCAUUACUUGGAGCACUUCAAAGCCAAGCUAAUAAAUUUGUUAAUAGGUUUCAUGAAGAGAGAAAAACCAAGCUCAGCAGCCUCCUGUUAGACAAUGAGCGCUGGAAACAAGCUGAUGUUCCUGCAGAAUUUCAGGAUCUUGUUGAUUCUAUAUCAGAUGGAAAAAUUGCUUUACCUGAAAAAAAGUCAGGGGAAGAAAGAAAACCAGCGGAAGUUCUCAUUGUUGAGGGGCAACAGUAUGCUGUUGUUGGAACUGUAUUGCUGUUAAUAAGAAUUAUCCUUGAAUAUUGCCAGUGUGUGGAUAACAUCCCAUCUGUUACUACUGACAUGCUUACUCGUCUGUCAGAUUUAUUAAAGUACUUCAAUUCAAGAAGUUGCCAGUUGGUUCUUGGAGCUGGUGCACUGCAAGUUGUUGGACUGAAAACAAUAACUACAAAAAAUUUGGCUCUUUCUUCCCGAUGUUUGCAGUUAAUCGUGCACUACAUUCCUGUGAUCCGGGCUCAUUUUGCAGCUCGAUUACCACCUAAGCAAUACAGCAUGCUUAGGCAUUUUGAUCAUAUCACUAAGGACUACCAUGAUCACAUAGCCGAAAUAUCAGCAAAGCUUGUAGCGAUAAUGGAUAGCUUAUUUGACAAGCUGUUAUCCAAGUAUGAAGUGAAAGCUCCCGUUCCUUCUGCCUGUUUCAGGAAUAUUUGUAAGCAAAUGGCAAAAAUGCAUGAAGCUAUAUUUGAUCUCCUUCCAGAAGAACAAACACAGAUGUUAUUUUUAAGAAUUAAUGCAAGUUACAAACUCCACUUGAAAAAGCAGUUAUCUCACUUAAAUGUGAUAAAUGAUGGAGGACCUCAGAAUGGGUUGGUCACAGCUGAUGUAGCUUUUUACACUGGAAAUCUUCAAGCCUUAAAAGGUCUUAAAGAUUUGGACCUAAAUAUGGCCGAGAUCUGGGAACAGAAGAGGUGAUGACAGACUGGAAAACUGGGUAGCUCAUCUGACCACAGGAUGUGUAUGUUUAUGAAGAAAAUCUGGAUGCCUGGGAUUGGAGAACUAAGCCUGGAACCCAAAGUGAGCUGGGGUGGGGGAAGGGGAAGAGGAAAGCAUCGGUGUCGAGAAACUGGAUUCAGUGGGAUUUAC